GUACCCGCGGUCACUCUGUAGAGCGGCUCUUGCUGGGAACAUAAAGGUUUUUCUUGGGAUUCCUGAGAGGAGGGAGAGACGCACAAGAAGUGGUUUCUAACCCGAGGGGGGUGAAAACUUUCAAGAGCUGCCACCAUGAACGGAACAGAAGGUCCCAAUUUUUACAUCCCCAUGUCUAACAAGACUGGGGUAGUACGAAGCCCCUUCGAAUACCCUCAGUAUUACCUGGCAGAGCCAUGGAAGUAUUCAAUAUUGGCCGCCUACAUGUUCUUGCUCAUCCUCCUCGGUUUCCCAAUCAACUUCAUGACCCUCUACGUCACCAUCCAGCACAAGAAGCUCCGAACACCCUUAAACUACAUCCUGCUAAAUCUGGCCUUUGCCAACCACUUCAUGGUCCUGUGUGGAUUCACCAUCACGUUGUACACCUCCCUCCAUGGAUACUUUGUAUUCGGACAGUCUGGUUGCUACUUUGAAGGCUUCUUCGCUACCCUUGGUGGUGAAAUUGCCCUUUGGUCCCUGGUGGCGUUGGCCAUUGAGCGAUACAUUGUGGUCUGCAAGCCCAUGAGCAAUUUCCGAUUCGGUGAGAACCACGCCAUGAUGGGUGUAGCAUUCACUUGGAUCAUGGCCUUGGCUUGCGCUGUUCCUCCUCUCUUCGGCUGGUCCAGAUACAUCCCUGAGGGAAUGCAGUGCUCAUGCGGAGUUGACUACUACACUCUGAAGCCCGAGAUCAACAAUGAGUCCUUUGUCAUCUACAUGUUCGUUGUCCACUUCCUCAUCCCUCUGAUCAUCAUUACCUUCUGCUACGGACGUCUGGUGUGCACUGUGAAAGAGGCUGCAGCCCAGCAGCAGGAAUCAGCCACCACCCAGAAGGCAGAGAAAGAAGUCACCCGAAUGGUUAUCAUUAUGGUCAUUUUCUUCCUGAUUUGCUGGGUCCCCUACGCCUAUGUCGCUUUCUACAUCUUCUGCAACCAAGGCUCAGAGUUCGGCCCGAUUUUCAUGACCGUGCCAGCUUUCUUUGCCAAGAGCUCUGCCAUCUACAACCCCGUCAUCUACAUUAUGCUGAACAAACAGUUCCGUAACUGCAUGAUCACCACCCUGUGCUGUGGCAAAAAUCCCUUUGGAGAUGACGAUGCCUCCUCUGCCGCCACUUCUAAGACAGAAGCCACCUCUGUCUCUACCAGCCAGGUGUCACCUGCAUAAGAUCAUCGUCCAAGCCUGUGUCAGGGUGCGCUGCCUCACUCAGCUCCCGCUACCCCGUCUCCGCCUCCUCCUCGUUAAGGCAAAGAAUGCCGCCAUAUCCCCCUUUAAAUACCUGAAACAUAUUUUGCCCAGAAGGGGCAAGAGCCUCUCCCAACCCCUCCGCUGCUGAAAACCGACUGCAUUCCAAUUGCUUUUUGCAAUGCGAUGGAGCCAUUAUGGCAGCGAAGGGGUUCGUUUUUUUCCACCAACUAAAAACAAGGCAAGCAUUUUGCCCAGAAUUGUUGUAAAUACCUCAAGGCCGUGAAAUAGCUGUUUAGCCUGGAAAAAAAAAACAAAAAAAAACGCCUUCUGCUACCAAUAAAGACAAGAGACUUGAAGCAACAAAUGUCCUAGAAUCGGCGAGCCCUUGGGUGUCGAUACCAAUGGCGCAACGCAGUGUCUGGCCCGUUCAUCUUGCUAAAUUUGUCUUUGUAAUACAAUGGAGGGUUUUUUUUUUGUAAGACGUUAUAAAAAUUCCAGUUUUCUGCUUAUUUUAUUUAUUUAUUUUCUUUCUUUUGGGUAACGUCUGAUAGUGAGGUUAGACAGACCCUCUACAGCUGUAAUAACGAGCACUUUGCAAGUAAAAAAAUACAAAAAAAAAUAUUUUUAACUGUCUUAUUAUUUAUGUUUUUCAACCCCAAACUCUCUCGAAACUGUGUACUGACCAGAAAGAACUGCGCGCCACCAAAAAUUUAUCAUCAUUGGCGACGUUCUCCAUAUUCUUCUGUUGCUGCUCAUGGCCAAGUGAGGCUUCCCGAGGACACAAAAAGACACACA